AAAAAUGCAAAAACAGAACGAUCGUUUUUUGUCCCCUUAAUUUUUAAUUUCCUUUUUGCCCCACAGUUUCCAAUGGCGGAAGAACAAGAACAAGAUGCUUCUUCAAUCCAUAACAACGAUGACGGCUUUGAUUCUCUUCCGGAUUCCCUCAUUCUUCUGAUCUUCAACUCUGUUUGUGAUGUCAAAACUUUGAUCCGUUGCAGAGCCGUUUCGAAGCGUUUCAAUUCUCUCGUUCCCCAUUCCGAUUCCCUUUCUGUGAAGGUCGAUUGCGUCAUUUCCUCCGAUUCCGAUUCCGAUCAAGACUCCUUCCUCCUCACCUUCUUCAAAUCCGUCGUCAAAUCCUUCUUCCAUUUGAUUUCCACUGUUCUUGUCCAGUCCGAAUCACAAAACUCUCCAGCCCAAAUCCUCCGUCAGUUCCGCCAGAUCCAGCGUCUUCAGAUCGAGUUUCCGACUGGGGAUCUCAAGGUUGAAAGAGUCGUUAAAUGGAAAGCCGAGUUCGGUGACGCGCUUAAGAGCUGUGUGAUUUUGAUUUUCCGAGGGAUUAGGAGCGGAGAGAUUGUAGCGGAUGAGGAUGUCGAUUUUGAUUUCAUUGGAGGGCUGAAAUCGAAGGUGUUUAUGACGAUUAGCACUCUGAUUACGGCGUCGGCGAGGCACCACGUGUUGGCGGAGGUGGUGGUAGAGCAUUUGGAGAUGGAGAGUUUGGUUUUGAGAGACAGGGGAGGGGAAGGCGUGGUGGUAAUGGAGAAGAACGGUUUAGAGGAGUUGAGGAGAUCGAGAGUGAGCGACGGCGGGGAGGUGGCGGAGUGGACGCGGACGAGAACGAGGGUUCCGAGCACGACGGUGAGGAUGAGGCACCGGGGGAGGGUGGAGCUCCGGGGAGGGAUGUGGAUGGAGGAUGCCACGUUGGUGGUGGUGAGGCCCACUGGAAAUGCCAGCAAGAGUGGAGCUGCUGACGUGGAGAAAGAUGAUGCAGACGUGGCAAUGAGGGCAUUUGAAGGUGACGAUGCGUACAGAGAGGCAGUGGGAGCGUUACUGAGGAAGGGGAAGAGGUAUCAGCUAGAAAUGAACUCUUUCUAGAUUUUUCUUUUUUUCUUUUUUUCUUUUUUCUUUUUUUAAAUAUUAUUGUAAAUUUAAUUAUUCUAAGCUGAAAAUAUAAAUACAUUAUUAGGCUGUGUAUACUGUAUAAUGUAUAGUAACAGUAUAUUGUAACAUUUUCUUUUAUUUUAACAUUUUCCAAAAAAAAAAAGUGUAAAAUAUAUUCACAGUAUAU